ACAAAAACGCCCCCCUCCCCCCCUCUCCCCUGACAACGCUGCAAUGGCCUCACUGACAGACGCAGAGAUGGCGGAGAUUGCCAAACUUCAGAGAGAGGAGGGUGUGCAGCAGCUAAGCGGUCACUUCUCGUGGCCUGAGUUCUCUGGGGACGCUGUAUGGCAGAGCGCCUAUCAACAGUUUGUUUACGAGUGUGCCAUGUUCGCCGCCGACCGCGGCCUGGCCUGGAGUGCUGUGAGAGCAGUGGCCGGGAUGACUAGAGACCUGUUCCCUCAGCUAGCGGAUUUGGACCCGCCCAGAGUGCUAGCCCUAAUUUCAGAUUGGCUGACAAAGUGUUUGCCCCGCCUACCUCCUGCCCACCACAAAGCAGUCUUCCACUUCCUGUCUGACACUUGUGUCACUAGUCAACGACUGCUACAAGCUGUGGUGGGCGGGACCAGUCACCGGUCAAUCAAUCAGAAACACCUGGAGGUUCAUGUGCCCCCAACACCCCUCCCCCUGGCACAGGGUGAUGAUGAGUGUGUUCUGUCUCAGGGUGGUGAUGAGUGUGUUCUGUCUCAGGGUGGUGAUGAGUGUGAUCUGUCUCAGGGUGGUGAUGAGUGUGUUCUGUCUCAGGGUGGUGAUGAGUGUGUUCUGUCUCAGGGUGGUGAUGAGUGUGUUCUGUCUCAGGGUGGUGAUGAGUGUGUUCUGUCUCAGGGUGGUGAUGAGUGUGUUCUGUCUCAGGGUGGUGAUGAGUGUGUUCUGUCUCAGGGUGAUGAUGAGUGUGUUCUGUCUCAGGGUGAUGAUGAGUGUGUUCUGUCUCAGGGUGGUGAUGAGUCUGUUCUGUCUCAGGGUGGUGAUGAGUCUGUUCUGUCUCAGGGUGGUGAUGAGUGUGUUCUGUCUCAGGGUGGUGAUGAGUGUGUUCUGUCUCAGGGUGAUGAUGAGUGUGUUCUGUCUCAGGGUGAUGAUGAGUGUGUUCUGUCUCAGGGUGAUGAUGAGUGUGUUCUGUCUCAGGGUGAUGAUGAGUGUGUUCUGUCUCUCAGGGUGAUGAUGAGUGUGUUCUGUCUCAGGGUGAUGAUGAGUGUGUUCUGUCUCAGGGUGAUGAUGAGUGUGUUCUGUCUCAGGGUGGUGAUGAGUGUGUUCUGUCUCAGGGUGGUGAUGAGUGUGUUCUGUCUCAGGGUGGUGAUGAGUGUGUUCUGUCUCUCAGGGUGAUGAUGAGUGUGUUCUGUCUCUCAGGGUGAUGAUGAGUGUGUUCUGUCUCUCAGGGUGAUGUUGAGUGUUCUGUCUCUCAGGGUGAUGAUGAGUGUGUUCUGUCUCUCAGGGUGAUGAUGAGUGUGUUCUGUCUCUCAGGGUGAUGUUGAGUGUUCUGUCUCUCAGGGUGAUGAUGAGUGUGUUCUGUCUCAGGGUGAUGAUGAGUGUUCUGUCUGUCAGGGUGAUGAUGAGUGUGUUCUGUCUCAGGGUGAUGAUGAGUGUGUUCUGUCUCUCAGGGUGAUGAUGAGUGUGUUCUGUCUCAGGGUGAUGAUGAGUGUUCUGUCUCUCAGGGUGAUGAUGAGUGUGUUCUGUCUCUCAGGGUGAUGAUGAGUGUUCUGUCUCUCAGGGUGAUGAUGAGUGUGUUCUGUCUCAGGGUGAUGAUGAGUGUUCUGUCUGUCAGGGUGAUGAUGAGUGUGCGUUGGAGCGCCAGCGUGUGUGUGCCCUGCUACAGGUUGCCAAGCAACAGAAGAGGGAGGAACUCCGGAGGCUCAGAGAGGAGGAGGGGCCACAGGGGUCAGAGGUCAUAUUGGACACAUUAAAUGACCGCAGACUCGACAGAGAG